UGAAUCUGAGCUGGGCCCUGAUAACUCCUUGGUCCUGUCUGAGAUCUACUGAAUGAAUCUGCUCUCAGGUUCCUGCUGAUUCAUAAGAGCACAACAUGACAGGAUGAAGUUGUGGGAGGGUUUGAUUCCGGCACAUCAGGCAGGUGGCGGUGACGCAGCAUGAAACUAAUGGAACCAGGAACAAGAAGAAGUUGUUUAAUGGCUGACUGUUAAAAUCUUUGUUUUGAGCCUCGUGGAAGAACCUUGUUCUGUUUGAAUCGUCACCGCGAGGAGCCGCUGAUUAUUUGCGGUACGACAUGUACCGUGGUCGGCCUCCUCCGAGGGGAGGCUACGCGCCGCCGUCCGAUGGCCGAGGACCGCGGCCUCCGCGGCCUUACCCAGCUCCGGACUACAGAGACGACAGGAGCCGGCCCAGACCUCCGUACCACCACGGCCAUCCCGAGCACGGUCCACCGGACUCAUACCGCCGGUCCCCCCAGCGCAGUAGUUACCCGUCCCCCGGACCAGGGAGCCACCGAGGCGCAGAGCACUGGGCUGGAGGUCCCCCGAGAGAGAGGUCUCUGUCGCCACGUGGCCCGAUUCCCCUCGACCACAACCUGCUUAUCACUGUUGGCAACGAGCUGACGUCAGGGCCUGGCUCCGCCUCUUCACGCCAUCAUGACAGAGACUUCCCUGCUCGACCUGAGUAUGAGCGGGGCCGGAGCAGGGACCGCAGUCCGGACAGAAGCCGAGCCAAGAGUCGAGGUCGGAGCAAGAGUCGGCCCCGCAGCCAGAACCGGAGUCCAGACCGAGGCCGGGCCAAGAGUCGAGGUCGGAGCAAGAGUCGGCCCCAGAGCCGGAGUCCAGACCGAGGCCGGGCCAAGAGUCGAGGACGCAGCAAGAGUCGGCCCCAGAGCCGGAGUCCAGACCGAAGCCGGGCCAAGAGUCGAGGACGCAGCAAGAGUCGGCCCCAGAGCCGGAGUCCAGACCGAAGCCGGGCCAAGAGUCGAGGACGCAGCAAGAGUCGUGCUUUCAGCAGGUCUAGGUCUAGAUCCAGGUCCCGUUCUAAAGGGAGGAGCAGAGGGAGGAGUUUCAGCAAAGUAGCGAGUCAUGGCCGCAGUAGAAGCCGCAGUGAGAGCAGCAGCUCCAGCUCAAUCUCGAGCAGCCGCAGCCACAGUGGAGAUGAAAGAUACAAGAAAGGCUUUAAAGAGCUGGAGAUGGCUCGACGCAGGAAAGAGCUGGAGGAGAUUCUGAGCCUGCCGACAAAAUCCAUCCUGAAGAAACGCUACGACUCACCAUCAAUCCAGAAUGUAGACUCCCCCCGUGGCCUCGACGGCUCCAACGUGCCUUGUGUGGCCGACCAGAUCCUGCAGGCGGUUAAAGGAAUGGACCCUCACAUGGUGGCGUCCGUUUUGUCGGAGCUGGGGUCUGACCCGCAGACAGUUCAUCGUGCUGGGUUUGAAACUGAGAUCAAAGAAAUCCUCAACCUGUUGGAGGGGGCAGGGGUCAAGACCCAGAUGAAGGCCGUGGACGACAUCGAUGAUGAGGAGAAGUUCCUGUACGGAGACUCUGAGGAGCCCAAACCUCCACCGGUGUCCGAGCCGGUCCGACACCAUGGGCUAGAUAUGUACGGAGACGUGACGGAGGAGGCGCUGUACGGAGAUUACCCCCAAACAAAAGCCACCAUCGAUCAGACCUUUGGCCUCCCCCCAGGGGCCUCGUCCCACCUCCAGGCUCCAUCCACAACAGAAGAGCUGGACCCAAAGAACACUAGUUGUUCCAUUAUCAGCCCGGACCAGAACACCGCAGUACAGGUGUCAAACCCAGCCCAACCCUCGGGUACGGAGUCACUGGAGGAGUAUGAGAAGAUCCAGGACCUGCUGAAGACCAUUGGCCUCGACUUGGGUGUCUCAGAGAUCAGCAAGAUGGCUGCUAGGACCAAGGAGCGUCUCCACGGAAGCAAGCCUGCGAAGACGCCCACGCGUCGCAGGCGGUUCUCCUCCGACAGCUCGGACCGCAGCCAAGGUCGCAGGAGGCUGAGCCGGAGCGGCAGUUCCAGCAGCAGGAGCAGGAGCCGCAGCUGGGGGGGGAAACGGGGGAAGAGCUGGAGCAGUGACGACAGCUGCAGGAAGUCGGCUCCAAUCAAAUCUGUCAAAGACGAGACAAAUGUCGAACAGAAAAUCCCUGCCCCGCCACCACACAACGAACUGCUGCCACAAAUCCCUGAGCCCCAGCCCCUCCCUCCUCAUUCUGGGGUGCCCAUACCCACCUACCCCCCCCCACAGGUCCAUGGUAUGAUGCCCCCUAAUUACCCCCCACCAGGUUAUGGCCAGUAUGGAAACUACCUGCCCUACAUGCACCAGCAAUGGCCACCUCUGUACCCACCCCCCAACAUUAGCCUGCCUCCCCAGACCGGCUCCGACGAGUUCCCUCCAGCUCAGCAGUACCAAGAGCCUUACCACAAACUGGCCUCUGAGCCAGAGGCCAAAGGUUCCGUGAAGACGUUAGCUCAGGACAGAGAGAAGAGCGUCUCCAAACUCAGCAGCUACGACAGGAAAGUGUCUGAGGAGCAGAACAAUGAGAGUCAGAAACAAAAGGUUUUGGAAGAGCGGGAGAAGCUGAAACACGAGAGGGAGGUGAGGAUGAAGAAGAAGGAUUAUCUGAUGAAGGAGCUGGAGAGACUCAGAAAGCAACAGGGUGAGCUCUUGAGGAAGAAGCGCAGGGAGAAGGAAGGUCACAAAGACCCUCUGCUGCAGGAGAUCAGCCGACUGCAGGAGGAGGUCAUGACUCAGAUCUCUAACCUCCGCAAGGAGCAUGAGGCCGCCGAGAAGAAACGUAACGAGAUCGACAAAGUGGCGCUCAUCCUUGGCCUCAGCCCAGCCGACCGGCCACGCAGGGUCAGCAAGCCGACUGAAGACCAGAGCGUUCUGCCGCCAGAGAAGAAGAGACGAGAGGCAGAGAGUCCUGAGGGACGACAGGCGUCUAGCAGCUCUACGUUAAAGAACUCAGCAGCGCCGCCAUCUCUGUCGCAGAGAGCGUCACCUGUCAGCGCCCCCCCCGCACCCCCUCCCCCAGAGCCGUUUGAAUACUAUGACGCUGGAAACCACUGGUGCAGAAACUGUAACGUCACCUCCGGUUCCAUGUUUGAUUUUUUCACGCACUUGCAAAGCAAAACGCAUCGAAAGACUCUUGACCCGUACGACCGGCCCUGGGCCUCCACAUCCACCAACAUCACCAAGAACACGCCGCCGGAGGAGAAACUGACUAAACCUGCCAAAGGUUCGGAGUUCCUGCAGCCCGUCAGAGGAUUCUUCUGCCUACUCUGUAAAGAGUUUUAUGGAGACGCCAUCUGUGCAGAGGAGCAUGUCACCACUCACGCUCACAACGAGAAAUACAAGAAACAAAUGUACGAGAACCCGCUGUACGAACAGAGAAGGAACCUGGAUCGACAGGCCGGACUAGCCGUGGACACAAGUGGAAAGAAACGCAAGCAUGACGACGACGACGAGAAAAGCGGCAAAUACAAGGAGGAAAAGGCCAAACACAAAAAAGAGAAGAAAGACAAAGAGAAAAAGAAUGAAGAUGACAAUGCUGUUCUGAAGGAAGAAAAAUCUAUAUUCAAAAAGGAGGAGGAGGAACACAGACUGAAAGACAACAAGACAGGGGAGGAUUUUAAAAGUACCAAGAAUCUGGAAGAAGAGCGAUCUUCUAACAUUAAGAAAGAUGAGGACGAAAACUAUAAAUGCAACAAAAGGGAAGAUAAAUACCGCUUCAGCGAAGAAGAGCGGGGUGACCGACACAGAAACAGCAGAGCAGAAGAGCAUCGCUACCGGCAUCGCAAUGACAACGAUGAGAGAUACGAUGACCGCCCAAAAUAUGGAACGAGAGAGGAUGAUGAAGAAAAGUAUAAACACAGUAAAUAUCCUUCAGACUCAAGAUCCAAAUAUGACAAAGAACGAGAUGAAGGUAACCCCAAGACUCGGAGAGAAGCGUUUAAAAAGCCUGAGCUUGUGAAACCAGCAGGGAAACCAGAGGUCACCAAACCUGAACCUCUACCAAAGCCCUACGACCCGCCCAAAAUCUUUUGUGGUCCCAGUCCUGCCAUGAGGGCCAAGCUCCGCAAACAGAGCCUGGAGGCUGGCAAGCCCGCCCCAGCAGUAACAGGCCCGACAUUUGGAAAGUUCACUUGGAAGAAGAAGGACAACACGCUGACAAAGGUAGCUGAGAAAAUCGCUGCUGAGUUCAUCAAAGAAGAUGAAGCAGCUGCAAGCCUACAGCUAGUCUCUGUGGAGGAUUCUUUUGCUAAAUCUGUGGCUGUUGCUAAAGAGAUUGCAGAGAAGCUUGGAGGUAACCCGCCAAUGCCUCCUCCUUGGGUGUCCAAUGGAGCCAACCGAGGAAGAAUCCGGCCCAACCUCCCAGCCCCUGCUGCAGUCUGCAGGAAAACGACCAUGAUGGGUAAACCUGCGACUCUGAAUACCUUUCUCUCAAUCAGACCCCAAAACACAACUUUACAAGGACCUCCUCUAAAAGACCUGCCGCUGAUCUCUGAUGGUCUCUCAAAAGCUGUAAGUGCUCAAAAAUCACUGCUGGACGGUAAAUCUCCACCUAAACCGUUAGAAGUUAGACUUCCAUUGCCAGUGUCCAUACAAUCCCCAAUUGAGGUUAAACCUGCACCACCAGUUUCUGAACCAGUGUCAACUGAGGCUAAGGCCACACCCACUCAAGAUAAGGCCACACCCACUCCUGUCAAGGCCACACCCACUCCGGUCAAGGCCACCCCUGCUCAAGCUAAGGCCACACCCACUCCGGUCAAGGCCACACCUGCUCAAUCUAAGGCCACACCCACUCUGGCCAAGGCCACACCCGCUCAAGAUAAGGCCACACCCACUCCGAUCAAGGCCACACUCCCUCAGGUUAAGGCCACACCCAUUCAGGCCAGUUCCACAGAACCAGAGGGUAGACCUCAGUCAUCUGUGGCUCCUCCUGCUUCCUCGGAGGCCAAACCUCCACAAUCAAUGGUGGUAAAGAUAGUGUCUGACGUUGCGGCGCCUGGUGUCCCAGAGAACGAGCAGACUCGUACUGUGUUCGUCAAGCCUCCACCUUUUAUGAACAUGACUGACAGAUUUCCGAAGUCUGAGAAACUUAAGAGUAACCUGGCUGCAGCCAAAGCCAGGGAAUUAUUUGGCAUCUUCUACAGUGGCAUCAGCCAAUCGGGUCCUUCUUCCAUCACCAAAUCCGACUCCAGAGCUGACAAGAAUAGCCCUCUUCCACUUCCAGCUCCUCAAGGACUAAAUCUACAACCUCCGGCCGAAACCCAGUUCCAACCUACAACUGACGUCCAGACAUCACCACAACCAGAGUCAACCAGUUACUCACCAAGUUCACAAUCCCAGAUUAAACCUGAAAUUCAAAUUGCUUCAGUUUGGUCCUUGAAGUCUGGCCCUGCUCCAACACCAGAGGAGACUCUUUCUGAAACGCCCUCAGCAACAACUCAACCAAAACGGACUCCUUCAGCUCAGAUAGAGACUCAGAGUGUAACUCAAAUCGAGUUCCAAAUUCCCCCACAAUCUGAAAGUGCUGAGCCCGAUACAACACCUCAAACUCUGCUCAAAUCAGCUCAGGACUCCCAGUCUCAUACAGAGUCCAAUCCUGAUGCCACUCCAGAACCUGAACCCAAACCAAGCCCCAAAACUAGAGGCAAGAAAACUCCCCCUAGCGGCAGUAAACGUCCCAGUAACAGCACGCCUCCUCCCACGCAGCUCAACAAGAUCAAAUAUUCCGGAGGUGCUCAGCUGGUGAAGAGGGAACGUCGUCAGAGCUCGUCACGCUUCAGCCUCACGAAGAACCGAGAGCUCCAGAAGCUCCCUGCGCUCAAAGAUGCACCCCCGGUGGAGUGGGAGGAGCUGUUUGUGCAGAAGCUGCGUCAGUGCUGCGUCCUGUUCGAUUUCAUCAUCGACCCACUCAGUGACCUCAAAUACAAAGAGGUGAAGAGGGCGGGGCUCCACGAGAUGGUGGAGCACAUCACACACAACAGUGACGUGGUGACGGAGGUCAUCUACCCCGAGGCCGUCGUCAUGUUUUCAGUGAACUUGUUCCGGGCUCUUCCUCCGUCAUCAAACCCGACCGGAGCGGAGUUCGAUCCCGAGGAGGACGAACCCACGCUGGAGGCGGCCUGGCCUCACCUGCAGCUCGUAUACGAGUUCUUUCUUCGAUUUCUGGAGUCUACAGAUUUUCAGCCAAACAUCGCCAAAAAAUACAUCGACCAGAAGUUUGUUUUGUCGCUUCUGGAGCUGUUUGACAGCGAGGACCCCAGAGAGAGAGACUUUCUGAAGACCAUCCUCCACCGAAUCUACGGCAAGUUCCUCGGCCUCCGAGCCUUCAUCCGCCGGCAGAUCAACAACAUCUUCUACAGAUUUAUUUAUGAGACAGAACAUCACAACGGAAUCGCUGAGCUGCUGGAGAUACUGGGCAGUAUUAUCAAUGGCUUCGCUCUACCGUUGAAAGAAGAACACAAGAUGUUUCUGAUUCGAGUUUUGUUGCCUCUUCACAAAGUGAAGUCUCUGAGCGUCUACCAUCCUCAGCUGGCGUACUGUGUGGUCCAGUUCCUGGAGAAGGACAGCAGCCUCACCGAACCGGUGAUCAUGGGUCUGCUGAAGUUCUGGCCAAAGACUCACAGUCCAAAGGAGGUGAUGUUCCUGAACGAACUGGAGGAGAUCCUGGACGUCAUUGAGCCGUCAGAGUUUGUCAAAGUCCAGGAGCCGCUCUUCAGACAGCUCGCCAAGUGUGUGUCCAGCCCACACUUCCAGGUGGCAGAGCGAGCGUUGUAUUAUUGGAAUAACGAGUACAUCAUGAGUCUGAUCAGUGACAACGCCACCGUGAUCCUCCCCAUCAUGUUCCCUGCUCUCUACAAGAACUCCAAGAGCCACUGGAACAAGACGAUCCAUGGUCUGAUCUACAACGCUCUGAAACUCUUCAUGGAAAUGAACCAGAAACUGUUUGACGACUGUACACAACAGUACAAGGCUGAGAAACAGAAAGAGAAAUACAAAGUGAAGGAGAGAGAGGAGAUCUGGCACAAGAUCAAAGAGCUGGCCCAACAAAACCCACAGACCAACAAGCUCCACCCUCUCCGCCCUGGACUCCCCCCACAGGAUGAGUACAUGUUGUACAGUGACAGUACUGUAGCUGUGUACUCGAUGGAAAUAGAAACUCCGACAGUUGAAGACAUUCAGCUGCUGAAGAAGACAGUGGAGAGUGAGGCCUCACAGGGUGUGAAGAAGGACCAGGCUCUGAUGAGGAGAAAGUCUGAACUUCCUCAGGACGUCUUCACCAUCAAAGCUCUGGAGGCUCAUAAGAGAGCAGAGGAGUAUCUGACAGCCAAUCAGGAGGCUCUCUGACCGGGGGGCGGUUUCUUCUUUGCAGCAACCCGCUUCCCUCCCGUCCGGUUCUCAGGGGAGGAAGUUAACGUUGUGGUGGCGACGCUGUUCCAGGGUCAGAUGAGGGUGGAGCUGACGCUGCGUAGAAAAAGAAAAGGCCUCUCACCUCUGCCCCUGGUGGCUGACAACAAGAAGGACAGUUUCAAAACUCCGCCCUGUCCUCGCCAUCGCUUCACCUGUCGCAGUGUGAACACCAUCAGGUCCCUGAAUGCACCGCCAACAUGUCCCUGAACGCUUCGCUAGCAGGUCCAUGAAACUAGACAGGUCCAGUGAAGGCGGAGUCAGAAGAUGUCACAUUAACGGUCUGACGAGGAGACAGUGAAUGUAGACGUCCAAUCAGCUUCCAGUAAAUCCUGGAGAGAUGUAGCCGUUACUCGUCAGGUCAAAGGUCAAACCAAGCGAUGAAUUGUCGAGGCUCUGAGGACAGACUAAAUCCUGACGUGGCCGUUGGACAAAAGGAAAGGAACCGUCUGAUUGGUUUGUGAGGACGAAGCAGCUCAGGCUGAAUGCAGGUGAACCAGGUUUCAUUUCUGACCUCUGACCUCUGACCUGGACACCCAGGCUCUGUUUUUUUGCUAACUGCUUUCAGUCUUUAUUUGGAUUCUCCACUAGAGGGCGCAGCCAUGUGGAGGGAACAAGUAGCAUUGCAUGGUUUAACUCCGCCCACAUCACGGCUGCUGAAGCCAAUGACAAUUCAUCAUUUACGUCUUUAAAUGUUCACACAGGACGUCUGGGAUUUCAACCCGCCAAAGUAAAAUGCUGAGCUUGAGCAGUUUGCGGCGAAUGUGUGAUCAGACUGGGAUUCCCAUGAUCCUCUGCUGCGACACUUCUGUUUAUUUAUUCUGUGACAUCACAAACUUUACUGGACUUUAUUUGUGAAAGAUGCAGAUAAACGUUUAUAAUGUUGGAUUGUAAAAAAAAUAGAGAGCAAAGGUCAGAGUAAAAAACUAAAUUUAAAUGUUUCCCGGAGAAAAUAAAUUCAUCUGUAAUUUUUUGGCUCAAAAUCACGAGGUUUUUGAUUUGAUGGAAUAUUAUUGUUAAUAACUUAACGUAAAUUUUCCCUUGUGGUUAAAUGGUCAUGUGACCUUCAGGUCAGGACUUUUUCAGGUUUUGUGUGAACUUGUACGUUAAAUGUUGAACGCAAUUUUGUGACAAAUCAAUCUUCUUCCAUGGACUCAGGACGACGCCCCUUUGUCAGACCCGGCCCCUCCCUCACCGUCAUCUGGGAUUGUCCUUCAUCGAUCAGCUGUCAUUCAAACCAGUGACAUUUCCUUUGAUGGGAUAGCCCCGCCUCUCUAGUUCUCACUCACUUCUGGACAAAACGGUGAUCACAGCCCUGGACUUUGAAACUUGAUCAUGUUGAGCUCUGUCCACCAGGGGGCAACAUGAUCGUCUCAGCCUGACAUCUGCUCUACUGCCCCCCCCACGGUAAUGGUCGAUCUGCCCCCUGCUGGACACAUGAUGAAUGUGUGAGCUCAGUUUUUAUUCCAGGGUUCAGUUUAUUUUUACCUUUUAAUGAGUCCGAACAUCACAUGAGUCAAAGUGUGAUUUUGUACAAAUGUUCAUGUACAGAAGAAAAUAAAAGAAAUAGUGUUUGACAGAGUUUGAUUUACACACACACAAAUACACAUUAGGUAUUUUAAUAAAUGUGGGAAUAUGAGACUUCACCCUAAAAAUCACACAUUUAAUCAAUUAAUAAUUUCAUUUAUCGACAAGAAAAUUUAAUAUUUGUUUAUACUUUUUCCAGAACAAAGAAAAAAAAAUGGAAUGUUUGUAGUUGUCAGGACGACCUGUGACCUCAGAGCAUU